AAUAACAACGAACAUGACUGCGAUGGGGAAAUUUAAGCAUACCCUGCUUAUUUUUGCAGGUCUGAUUACCGCAGCUAACGGUCAAACUUGUGGUGGUGUUGCACAAGGACUAAAUGGAACGAUAGAGAGUCCUGGCUUUCCCCACGGCUACCCAAACUAUGCCAACUGUACCUGGAUCAUCAUCACAGGAGAACGAAACAGGAUACAGUUGUCAUUUCACACCUUUGCUCUUGAAGAGGACUGUGACAUCGUCUCUAUUUAUGACGGACAACCACAGCCAGGAAACCUGAAAAUGAGGUUAUCUGGCUUCAUGUUGCCGUCACCUAUUGUGAGCACAGGGUCAAUAAUGGCCCUUUGGUUCACAACAGAUUUUGCUGUGAGUGCACAAGGAUUUAAAGCAAUUUAUGAAGUGCUACCAAGUCACACAUGUGGAAAUCCAGGGUUGAUACCAAAAGGAGUAAUUCAUGGAACAAGGUACAACAUUGGAGACAAGAUCCGUUACAGUUGUCUCAUGGGAUAUAUACUGGAGGGACAUGCUGCACUCACUUGUAUUGUGAGUCCAGGUACCGGUGCAUCGUGGGACUUUCCAGCACCAUUUUGUCGGGCUGAAGGAGCUUGUGGUGGGACAUUGAGGGGAACAACAGGGACAAUAUCAAGUCCACACUUCCCCUCAGAGUAUGAGAAUAAUGCAGACUGCACAUGGAGUAUUCUGGCUGAACCAGGAGAUACCAUCGCCCUAGUCUUCAGCGAUUUCCAGCUGGAAGACAGAUACGACUUCCUGGAGAUAAGUGGGACUGAGGCACCAUCAAUAUGGCUGACCGGUAUGAAUCUACCUUCCCCUGUCAUCAGCAGCAAGAACUGGCUACGGCUACAUUUCACAUCUGACAGCAACCAUCGACGGAAAGGAUUUAGUGCCCAGUACCAAGUGAAAAAGGCCAUUGAGCUGAAGUCAAGAGGGGUGAAAAUGCUUCCAAGCAAAGACACAAACCACAAAAAUGCAGUUUUGAGCCAAGGGGGCAUGGCAGCAGACAUUUGUCCAGAUCCUGGGAUUCCAGAGAAUGGGAAGAGGAUGGGCUCAGACUUUCAGGUUGGAGCCAGCAUCCAGUUUUCCUGUGAUGACAGCUAUGUGCUUCAGGGAUCAAAGAGCAUCACUUGCCAGAGAGUGACAGAGACGUUGGCCGCAUGGAGUGACCACAGGCCUAUCUGCCGCACGAGAACGUGUGGUUCUAAUUCAAGAGGACCAAAGGGCUUCAUCACCUCUCCUAAUUACCCUGUUCAGUAUGACAACAAUGCCCACUGUGUUUGGGUCAUAACAGCACUGGACAAUAGGAAGGUUAUCAAGCUUGCCUUUGAGGAGUUUGAUCUUGAGAGAGGAUAUGACACGCUAACAGUGGGGGAUGGAGGGAAGAUUGGCGAUGCCAGGAGAGUGCUCUAUGUGCUGACAGGGUCCAGUGUUCCUGACCUGAUAGUCAGUAUGAGCAACCAGAUGUGGCUCCAUCUACAGUCUGAUGACACCAUCGGGUCCCAAGGAUUCAAGGCUACAUAUGAAGAAAUCGACAAAGGAGGGUGUGGUGAUCCUGGAAUUCCGGCCUACGGCAGAAGAACAGGGGAGCGUUUUUUACACGGCGACAUGCUGACUUUCGAGUGUCAGGCGGCCUUCGAGUUGGUCGGCGAGAGAACGAUAUCAUGCCAGCAAAACAACCAGUGGUCUGGAAACAAACCCAGCUGCGUGUUCUCCUGCUUCUUCAAUUUCACAACCCCAUCAGGAAUAAUCCUCUCCCCAAACUACCCUGAGGAGUAUGGGAACAACAUGAACUGUGUGUGGCUCAUUAUCGCAGAGUCAGGGAGCAGGAUUCAUCUAAUUUUCAGCGACUUUGAGGUAGAGCCCCAGUUUGACUACCUUAUUGUGAAAGAUGACGGGAUGUCGGAGCCCACCACGUUCGGCACGUUCUCUGGGAAGGAUGUACCCUCUCAGAUCGCCAGCAAUGGACACAUCAUGCGCCUGGAGUUCCAGUCUGACCACUCCAACACUGGGAAAGGAUUUAACAUCACUUACACAACAUUUGGUCAGAAUGAAUGUCACGACCCCGGCAUCCCUGUCAAUGGCCAGCGGUAUGGGGAACACUUCUUGUUGGGGAGCUCCGUGCUCUUCACAUGUGAUGAAGGAUUCAUCAAAACCCAUGGGUCUGAGUCCAUAACCUGCAUCAUUCAGGAUGGAAACGUAGUGUGGAAUGCAGCAGUUCCUCGGUGUGAAGCACCAUGUGGAGGACAUUUAACAGCUCCAACCGGAGUUCUGCUGUCCCCUGGCUGGCCAGGAUACUACAAAGACUCGUUAAACUGUGAAUGGGUCAUUGAAGCCAGCAAAGAUCACGCCAUCAAGAUAUCCUUUGACAGAUUUCAGACCGAGGUUAAUUAUGACACACUGGAGAUUCGGGAUGGCCCCUCCAACUCCUCUCCUUUAAUCGGAGAGUAUCAUGGCACUCAAGCGCCCCAUUUUCUCAUUAGCACCAGCAAUUACAUGUACCUGCUAUUCACCACGGACAACAGUCGCUCCAGCGUGGGCUUCCAGAUCCGCUACGACAGCGUUAUGAUGGAAACAGAUUCCUGCUUAGAUCCCGGGAUCCCAGUCAAUGGAAAGCGGUUUGGGAACAAUUUUGCCAUUGGGACCAGGGUGACAUUCAGCUGUGAUCAAGGCUACACGCUGAGCGACGAGAAACCCAUUGUGUGCGAGAGGAACCAUCAGUGGAACCACGCACUGCCCAGCUGUGAUGCGUUGUGUGGUGGUUAUAUCUUUGGUAAAAGAGGAACCAUACUCUCCCCUGGGUUUCCUGAUUUCUACCCAAACUCAUUGAACUGCACAUGGACAAUAGAGGUUUCUCAUGGCAAAGGAGUGCAGCUGCUCUUCCAUACGUUCCACCUGGAGGACUCCCAUGAUUACCUCCUCAUCACAGAGGACGGCAGCUUCACGGAACCCGUGGCCCGGCUCACUGGCUCCGUCCUGCCCCCCUCCAUCAAGGCCGGCUUGUUUGGAAACUUUAGCGCCCAGCUCCGCUUUGUCUCCGACUUCUCCAUGUCCUAUGAAGGUUUCAACAUGUCCUUCUCAGAGUACAGCCUAGAGCCUUGUGAAGAUCCAGGAGUGCCAGCCUACAGUCGGCGAGUUGGGUUCCAGUUUGGAGUGGGGGACUCGCUCAUUUUUUCCUGCUUCCCGGGUUAUCGUUUGGAGGGGGACCACAAGAUCACUUGCCUGGGGGGAGGCCGGAGGGUCUGGAGUGGAGCCCUGCCAAGGUGUGUGGCUGAAUGUGGAACCACUACCGUUGGGAGCGAGGGGGUUCUGCUAUCACCCAAUUACCCAUCCAAUUAUGACAAUAACCAUGAGUGCAUUUACCGCAUUGAGACGGAGGCAGGGAAGGGCAUCCGUGUCACGGCCACUAACUUCCUGCUCCAUGAGGGGGAUUACCUGAAGGUGUAUGACGGGAAAGAUACUUCACAUCGUCUUCUUGGCAAUUUCUCCAAAACUGACAUGUACAAUGUCAUCAUCAACAGUACCUCAAAUCACCUCUGGUUUGAGUUCAAUAGCAACGGCACUGAAACGAACAAGGGAUUCAGACUUACCUACAGCAGUUUUGACCUUGUCAAGUGUGAAGAACCAGGAACUCCGAAUUACGGAUACAAGAUUCAAGAUGACGGCCAUUUUGCAAACACUUUUGUGUUGUACAGUUGUAACCCUGGCUAUACUCUCCAUGGAAGCAGCACUCUGGCAUGCCUAAGUGGAGACCGUAGGGUUUGGGACAAACCUUUGCCUUCCUGUCUAGCUGAAUGCGGAGGCCACAUUGCAGGUGCAAUAUCUGGACGGAUACUCUCCCCGGGUUACCCUGCGCCCUACGACAACAACCUCCACUGUACCUGGUCCAUUGAAGCGGACACAGGCAAAACCAUUAGCCUCCACUUCAUAGUGUUUGACACGGAAGUGGCCCAUGACAUCCUGAAAGUGUGGGACGGUCCAACAGAGGGUGGUAUCCUCCUGAAGGAAUGGAGUGGGUCAGCUCUGCCCGAGGACACCCACAGCACCUUCAACAUCCUAACACUCCAGUUUGACAGUGAUUACUUCAUCAGCAAGUCAGGCUUCUCCAUUCAGUUCUCAACUACUACUGCCAUGACCUGUAAUGACCCUGGGACACCCCAGAACGGGACACGUUACGGGGAUAGUCGGGAGCCUGGGGACACCAUCACCUUCCAGUGUGACCCAGGUUACCAGGUCCAGGGCCUGGCCAAGAUCACCUGUGUACAGCUCAACAACAGGUUCUACUGGCAGCCAGACCCUCCAACCUGUAUAGCUACCUGCGGCGGCAACGUGACAGGCCCUGCUGGGGUGAUUCUAUCACCCAACUAUCCACAGCCCUACCCGCCAGGAAAGGAAUGUGACUGGAGAAUUAAAGUCAACCCUGACUUUGUUAUAGCCCUAAUUUUCAAAAGUUUCAACAUGGAGCCCAGCUAUGACUUUCUGCACAUCUAUGAGGGGGAUAACUCCAACGGCCCAUUGAUCAGCAGCCUGCAGGGAAAUCAGGCCCCAGAGCGCAUCGAGAGCAGUGGCAACAGCCUCUUCCUCGCUUUCAGGAGUGACGCUUCCCUCGGGAUGUCUGGCUUUGCCAUUGAAUUCAAAGAGAAACCCAGGGAGGCAUGCUUUGACCCUGGAAAUAUCAUGAACGGCAGUCGCGUGGGCAUGGACUACAAACUGGCCUCCACAGUGACCUAUCAAUGUAACUCUGGAUAUACUGUUGUUGGACCAGCCACAAUCACAUGUGUUAUCGGUUCAGAUGGAAAACCUAUAUGGGACAAGGUCCUACCAUCGUGUAAAGCUCCUUGUGGUGGUCAUUAUGCUGGGUCUGAAGGCGUGGUACUCUCUCCUAACUUUCCCCAGAACUACACCACUGGUCAAACGUGCUCCUACUACAUUACUGUCUCUGGAGAAUUUGUGGUGUUUGGGCAGUUUGCCUACUUUCAGACGGCAAUGAAUGACUCAGUGGAACUAUUUGAUGGGGCCAAUCAGAAUGCCAGGCUGCUAAGCUCCCUUGCUGGGUCUCAUUCUGGAGAGACUUUGCCCCUGGCGACUUCAAACCAAAUUAUGGUGCGAUUUACUGCAAAGAAUGGUCCUUCCGCCAGGGGUUUCCACUUUGUUUACCAAGCUGUUCCUCGCACCAGUGACACGCAGUGCAGCUCUGUCCCAGAGCCACGGUACGGUAGACGGAUGGGGUCCGAGUUCUCCGCUCGUUCCAUUGUUCGCUUUGAGUGCAACCCUGGGUAUCUGCUACAGGGAUCCAAAGCCAUCAAAUGCAAUGUGGUCCCCAGUGCGCUUGCCCAGUGGAAUGAUACUGUGCCCGCUUGUGCUGUUCCAUGCAGCGGUAAUCUGACAGAGAGAAGAGGCACCAUCCUCUCCCCCGGAUUCCCCGAGCCCUAUGGGAACAGCUUGAACUGCGUGUGGAAAAUCAUUGUCACCGAAGGAGCUGGGAUUCAGAUUCAAGUAAUGAGCUUCGCCACUGAGCAUAAUUGGGAUUCCUUAGAAAUCUAUGAUGGAGGGGACAUGACAGCUCCUAAACUUGGAAGCUUUUCAGGUACAACUGCUCCAGCCUUGCUGAACAGUACCUCCAACCAGCUCUACCUCCACUUCCAGAGUGAUAUCAGUGUUGUUGCUGCUGGAUUCCACCUUGAGUACAAAACCGUUGGUCUCACUGCCUGUCCGGAGCCAGUGGUGCCUGCCAAUGGCAUCAAAACAGCGGACAGGUACAUGGUCAAUGAGGUGGUGUCAUUCAGCUGUGAACCGGGAUACAUGCUGCAGGGCCACUCUCAUAUAUCCUGUAUGCCAGGGACCGUGCGGCGCUGGAACUACCCUCCCCCUCUCUGCAUUGCAAAGUGCGGUGGAACAGCUGUUGACUUGGCCAAUGUUAUUUUAAGUCCUGGAUUCCCUGGCAACUACCCUGGUAACAUGGACUGUACAUGGAGGAUUCUUUUACCAGUUGGAUAUGGGGCUCAUAUUCAGUUCUUCAACUUCUCCUCUGAAGACAACCAUGAUUUUUUAGAGGUGCGAAAUGGGCCGCAGCACAGCAGCUCUCUGAUUGGACAGUUUAGCGGAAGUCAGCUGCCGCCCAACCUGCUGAGUACAACACAUGAGACCGUGAUUCACUUCUACAGUGACCACUCUGAAAACAGGCAGGGAUUCAAACUAGCCUACCAAGCAUAUGAAUUGCAGAAUUGCCAAGACCCUACUCCAUUCCCUAACGGAUAUAUUAUUAAUAAUGACUACAAUGCUGGCCAGUCAAUAACUUUUGAGUGCUUUCCUGGAUACGUUCUGAUUGGACAUCCUGUGCUCACAUGCCAACAUGGAAUCAACAGAAAAUGGAAUCAUCCCUUUCCCCAUUGUGAGGCUCCAUGUGGCUACAAUAUGACAGCUCAGAAUGGCACCAUAUUCUCGCCCCAGUACCCAAAUGAGUACCCUAACUCACAGGACUGCACCUGGCUUAUCACCGUGCCACAUGGACAUGGUAUUUACAUCAACUUCACCCUGCUUCAGACGGAGCCUGUCACAGAUUACAUUGCUGUAUGGGAUGGCCCUGAGCAGAGCUACCCACAGCUUGGGAUUUUCAGUGGUAAUACAGCGCUAGAGUCAGCCUACAGUUCUUUCAAUCAGGUCCUUAUCAAGUUUCACAGUGACUUCUCCACAAGUGGAUUCUUUGUCCUCAAUUUCCAUGCCUAUCGUCUAAAGAAAUGCCCACCUCCACCAACAGUGGAAGAAGCUGAAAUAGUAUAUGAAGAUCAAGAUUAUGAAAUAGGAGACGUUGUGAAGUAUCGCUGCUUCCCUGGAUUUACCCUGGUAGGCAACAGUGAGCUUACCUGUAAGCUCAACUCUCAUCUCCAGUUUGAGAGUCCUCCGCCAACUUGUGAAGCCCAGUGUCCUGCAAAUGAAGAACGCUCCUCCUCAUCAGGAGUUAUCCUUAGUCCAGGUUUCCCUAAAAACUACCCCAACUCUCAGACCUGCUCCUGGGUCAUCAGGGUUCAACCUGCGUACACUAUCUCCAUCUUUGUGGAGAUGUUUCAGAGUGAGAAGCAGUUCGACGAACUUGAGCUCUUUGACGGACCAUCUGGCCAGAGCCCUUUGCUGGUGGCCCUUAGCGGAAAUCACUCCACACAGUUAAACUUUACAAGCAAGACCAACCACCUUUACCUGAGAUGGUCCACUGAUCAUGCAACCAGCAAAAGAGGAUUCAGAAUCCGCUACACAGCUCCUUAUUGUAGCAUUAACGACCCACCUGGAAAUGGAGGGGUGCUUAACCGAACAAGAGAGAUCCCAGGAAGCAAUCUGCAGUACUAUUGUUAUGCUGGCUACAGACUAGUGGGGCCCAGAAAUUCCACCUGCCGGUUACAUCCGAAUGGACUGUAUCAUUGGGAUACCCCAGCUCCACUAUGUCAAGCUAUAUCUUGUGGAAUCCCUCAGUCUCCUGCCAAUGGUUCAUUCCAUGGUUUCCAGUACACAGUAGGAAGCAAAGUUAACUACGAGUGCAAUGAAGGGUACAGGAUGGAGACAAGUUUCUCCACGAGCGCCGUCUGUCUGGAGGAGGGGACAUGGAGCAAUGCUGCACACCCACCUCUUUGUUUACCGAUCCAGUGCCCUAACAUUGAGAGCGUGCUCUCAGAACACAUGGUGUGGCGGCUGAUCUCGGGGUCACUGAAUGAAUUUGGAGCUCAGAUAAUGCUGAGCUGCACUCCUGGCUUCUACCUCGGAGGACAGAGGACAAUCAAGUGCUUAGCUAAUGGAACCUGGGCUGGAAUUGAGGAGAGGUCUACCUGCAAGAUUAUCUCGUGUGGGGACCUCCCCUCUCCUCCCUAUGGCAACAAGAUAGGAACCCUGACUACAUUUGGCGCCACAGCGAUCUUCAUGUGUAAUACGGGAUACACACUGGUGGGGUCACAUGUGAGGGAAUGUGGGGUCAACGGGCUCUGGAGCGGAGUGGAAACCAAAUGUCUUGCUGGCCACUGUGACUCCCCUGAUCCAAUCAUCAACGGUCACAUAAGUGGAGGUGGCUCCAGUUAUCGUGACACUGUUGUCUACCAAUGCAACCUUGGCUUUCGCCUUAUUGGAACAUCGGUUCGGAUCUGUCAACAAGACCACAGAUGGUCCGGACAAGCUCCUGUUUGUGUUUCCAUUACCUGUGGUCACCCUGGAAACCCAGCAAAUGGUCGAACUAAUGGCAGUGAGUUCAACUUGAACGAUGUGGUCAACUUCACCUGCAGCACAGGAUAUCAGUUGCAUGGUGCCUCAAGAGCUCAGUGCAGGAUGAAUGGACAGUGGAGCAACCCUCUUCCAGUUUGUAGAGUGGUAAACUGCUCCGAUCCAGGCUUCGUGGAGAAUGCCAUUCGUCACCCGCAGCAGCGCUUCCCCGAGAGCUUCAACUACAGAACCAGUGUGAUGUAUCACUGCAAGAGGGCCUUCUAUCUGCUCGGCUCAUCACUUCUCACCUGUCAGUCAAACGGCCUCUGGGACAGAUCACUUCCUAAGUGCCUUUCUAUUUCCUGUGGUGAUCCUGGCACACCGCCCCAAGCUAUUAUGUCAGGUAGGAAGUUCACCAACGGCGCCGUGGUCCAUUACACCUGCAGCCACGGCCGAGCACUGAUUGGGAACGCCACGCGCUACUGUCAGGAGGACGGACGCUGGAGCGGGCCACAACCCUACUGCUCAGGCGGUAGUUCCGGGGAGUGUGGUGACCCUGGAAUCCCACCUCAUGGCUCCAGGUUGGGGGACGAGUUCCAGCUGAAGAGCCUGCUGAGGUUCACCUGUGAAGCCGGCUUCUCCCUGAGUGGCUCGGCUGAGAGGACCUGCCUCCUCAAUGGCUCCUGGAGUGGCACCCAACCAGUCUGUGAUGCUAUUUCGUGUGGAAAUCCAGGUACUCCUGCCUACGGGAAGAUUGUCUUCAGUGAUGGAAUAGUGUUUUCAAGCUCCGUGGCAUAUGCCUGCUGGGAAGGAUAUGAGACCUCGGGUCUCACCACUCGCCACUGCACCACCAAUGGCACCUGGACCGGCUCUGCCCUAGACUGCACAGUGAUCAGCUGUGGAGAUCCAGGUCCUGUUGCCAAUGGGAUUUACGUAGGAAAUGAGUUCACCUUCAACAAGACUGUUCAGUACCACUGUAACCCAGGACACGUCAUGGACACUGUCGGUACGUCUGUGCUCCUCUGCACCAAGAACGGGUCUUGGAACCAAACCAAGCCUUACUGUAAAGUGAUCAUGUGUGGCCGUCCUCCGGCUGUUCACAAUGGGAAGGUUGAGGGGUCAGACUUGCAGUGGGGCUCCAGCGUCAUCUAUAGCUGCUUCGAUGGGUACCAGCUAUCCAGCCCUGGAAUCGUUUCAUGUGAGGGGAACGGCACAUGGCGAGGGGAAAUCCCUCAAUGUCUUCCUGUGCUGUGUGGAGACCCAGGCACCCCAGCAGAGGGUUAUGCUGAGGGCAAACAGUUCACCUACAGGUCAGAGGUCACCUUCUACUGUAGGGACCCCAACAUCCUGGUCGGAUCAUCCAGGAGAGUGUGUCAGAUUGAUGGAACUUGGAGUGGAAUACAUCCCUCAUGUAUAGAUCCUGCAUAUAACACAUGCAGAGACCCUGGAACGCCAUCUUAUGGGAUACCAGUCACAUCCCAAGGAUUUGAGGCUGGAAGCAAAAUCUCCUUCAAAUGCCGUAAAAACUACCACAUACUGGGAUCUACGACAAGAACCUGUCUGGAAAAUUUGACAUGGAGUGGUGUGCAACCAGAAUGUAUCGCCCAUGCCUGCAGACAGCCCGAGACGCUGUCUAACAUUGACGUGAAGGCUAUUGAUCUACCAACUCUGGGCUAUACUUUGAUUUAUACAUGUCAGGACGGAUUCUUUCUGGCCGGCGGAUCUGAGCACAGGACAUGUAAACCUGAUGGAAAGUGGUCUGGAAAGCCACCUGUCUGCAAAGUUGGGCCCAAAAUAAAUGGUAAAAAAGGAGUGGAGUCAGAUGUUCAGAAAAACAAGAUUGGUGUUCCUGUAGAUGUGUUUUCUUUAAACUUUGGCUGGACCGGGUUCUAUGAGUACCUUGGAGCAAGAGAAGUUGCCACUAUUACUGUAAAUGGAUUCAAUGCGACAACAAGUAGAGUCAAUGUCACACUUCUGGAUCAGAGCAGAGUGCAGCUUAAACUUGCUGGAACGUACAAGAAGGAGGAAAACCAUUUGCUGCUGAAGGUUUACCAGAUACGUGGUCCAACAGAGCAUCAUUUCAGUAAAUUCAAGAAUGACAACUGGGCAAUGGAUGGCUACGUGACCGCAGAGUCUGACAAGAAAACCUUUGUUUACCAGGGUCAUAUUCAAAGCAAGGACUUUGGGAGAUUUGUACUAACAAGAGGAGGUCUCUUUACAACAGACCUGGAGCCAUCAAAUCCUCCAUACUAUGGCACCAACAGCAGUUCAGUAGCAGCUGCCAUACUAGUGCCAUUCUUUGCCCUUAUUCUGUCAGGGGUUGCAUUUUACCUCUACAAACACAGGGUACUUUCACAAGACACUGAUGACAAUGAGAGACCCAAAGACGUAAUCAGGGCGGGCGGCAGAACAAGACCAAAAGUUCAAUACAAUGGCUAUACCGGUCAUGAAAGCACCAAUGGACAAGCGUCGUUUGAAAACCCUAUGUAUGACACAAACAUGAAACCCACGGAGGCGAAAGCUGUGAGGUUUGAUACAACUCUGAACACAGUCUGCACAGUAGUAUAGCCCUCUUAUCACCGACAUUGGACUGGCUUUUACAGCCAUACCUCUUGUGGUAAGCAGUAUCUUAUUUUUCGACAGAUGCCAAUAUUUCUUUGAACUCAUCACGUUAUAACCUCUCUGUGGAGAAGAUAAAAUACACCAUUUAAAAUCAAUGACAAUUUUAUAUGGACUUGCCACCACAAAAUAAAACGACAACUAUUGGUGUUCUAUGGAGCAGAGAUCAUGUAUGUGGCCAAGAAAAUAAAGCAGAGACGAUUAUCUCUAGGAUCAAGGAGUUCUGCCUUUUAUGGCUCUUUGCAGGAUGAAAGUUGUUUUCAUUCUCCGGUUUUCUUUUUUUCUGUCUUUUUUCCCCCCCAAAGGCCCUCCUUGGGGAAAUACUAAAGUGUCUUGAAAAGCCACAUAAUUGUUGAUAAAAAAGUGUUUUCUUCAGUGAAGAUGUACCACAAAGGAGGAAGCAACUUUGAACGUGUUGCCAGACUUCUCCAAUAAAGGGAACAUAUGCUAUAAACUACAACUGUCUCGCAGGAGAACAUGGCUAUCUAAUCUAGAAACUCGCUCAGCUGUUGUGUUGAAAAACUUUAUCGCACAAAUUUUGCACUAGUGUGUUAUGAAUGGGUAUGAAAUGAGGCAAAAGAGGCAUUUUCAAACUAACUGAAAAAUGACGUACAGGGUUUUUGACCAUUUGUAGAUAAGCAUACAGUAUAUUUCCAUAUCCACAGGGAGCUACUGUUGAUCAAUAGAGAUGCUUAUUUUAUUUUCAAUAUUAGUUUUGCAAAUAAAUGUGUGGAACACCCUCCUUACUUUUUUAAAUGGUUAUAUAAAUGAUUUUUAACUCUGGAGUCACAAAACCAUGCAGCUUAUCUAGAAACAUUUAAAUCCACAAAUAUCAAUUAAGGAGCAACUGGUGUACAUGCAAUCGUGAAUGAUAUUUAAUUUUAUUCACAGAUCAAUAUUACCGAAGAGCAAACUGAUCUGGCUCAUCUACUCUGAAAAAACAGCAAUGCUCAAUAUUGUUGUAUACUGUAAAUUGCAUCAAAUACUUACAGUAUGUAUCAUACAUGUUAGUCAUGAAUGUUUGUUUGUAUUGUCGAUCAUCAGGUUGCUGUUUAUAUUGUAGUUUAUUUCACAUUACCCCAGGCAUUGAACAUUGUCAACAUUCGGAACACUAGACAACAGUUGGCAGUCCUAUCUUGUGGUCUUGCUGCAAAUUUGCUUACGUUUCAAAUAUACCUCUUGCGCAGAAGGACGUCAUUUUUCUACUCUACAGUACUGGAACCAAUAAAAUGUUUAUUUUUCAUAAAUGCUGCCCUUGCUUUAAAUCACAGUUUUAAUGCAGAAGUGUAUUUUUGUUUAAAUGUGCCAUACGAAUAUGCCAUGUUUAACUCAACUCAACUGUUUGACACACAACCUUGUUUUGGUAGGCCUACUUAAGGCAAGGUGGGGAAUCAAGUUGGAUAGCAAUCGUUCUUUAGCAGUGGCAUGAGCUGGUCGUUUAGAAGCUAGUCUUAAUAAUCUGUUUUUCUCCCUUUAUGAUAUGUCCCUCCUAUCCUUAAGGGUAUUGAGUCAAUGAUGAUGAAUUGAACACAGACUACUUACUUACACUCCAGGAAACACUGCCUUAUUCAAUUCAAAAGCUGUCACAGUUACAAAUGACCUAUUACAACGCUAAGGCUACUUGAAUGCAUACAGUACACUGUGAUUCCAAAGUCAUAGAUUAGCUUGUUGUUUUUCCUAAUAAUUUUGGUUGUGCAUGUAUUCACAAAUAAUGUUCAAAACUUACAGUAGAUGAACUAUCUUCGUUUGGCUUUUCGAAAUCUGUUAUCAUAUGCACUUGCUUAGAGAUCACUGCACCAGUGACAAAAUGUGUAUUAUAAUCUUGUGAGAUAUCAGAUUCCAUUUCAUAUCUGUUGUAUUUGUGGCCAUAGUAACACAACUAAAAUUCCCCUGAGUAAGAUGCAUUUUAUGUGUGAAGUAUGUUUGGAAAAUCAGAAGCAUUUUAAUUUCCAUAAUUUUUCUACAAACUAUUUAACUUUUUCCAUUUCAAAUUAAACCUAGUGUUCAUUACACACCUACGCACUAUACGGCAGUGGUUUCAAUAAAUAGGGUUAAGACCGAAAGUAAUCAAAUCAUCCCCUUUCUUUGUAAACAUUUUGAUGUAAGACCCACUGCUUUUAAUCCACAUUUUGCCUUCCUUUGGGCUUGCUGCAAUAACGUUUUUCUUUCAACAUCUGUAAAAUGGUUUCCCAACUAAAGAGGUGUAUAACUGCAUUCAAUUUAAUAUCAUUCCAUUUUACAACAUCGGGAUAUCACGUGCUGCUGACUUGAAGUAGGUGCAAAAGGAAAUGUUUUUGUACAGAAAUAUAUUUUUUAUGAAGAAUUUGUAAAAUUAUUAAAUAUGCUGUACUUUUUUGAUUAAUGUAGGUACAAAACUUGUUAAAAUAAAUGUUUUUACUAUACAAAAUGUA